AUGGACUCCUCCACUACGAUCCGUGUGGCAACUGCCGAGCCCGAGCCCGAGUCUCGACCUGGGGCACCAAGUCGGAAACGUCCCGGCGAGGCGGCGAGCAACGACCGGGCGGCCAAGAGGCGCUCUUCGAGGGCCUGCCUCUCUUGCCGCAGCCGAAAGGUCCGCUGCGAUGUAGUCAACAGCGGAGUUCCUUGCACAAACUGCCGCCUGGACGACGUUGACUGCGUUCUUAAGGAGUCGAGCCGGGGUCGUAAACCAAACAGCACCGUCGCUCGUCAUCGAGCAGCGUCAAGCACUGCACCUCAGUCUGCAGGUCCUGCUCCACAGCAGGAUACGUCGCCGCAUAGUCACGACCACGAUGCUGACCGGUACCUCGUGUCUCUGACAUUCGAUGACCAGCAGAGCGGUGCUCAGUCCGAGGAGCUGGCGGAAGACAGUCUAGAUGGCGAUAGUCCCAGCGACGGCAACUAUGUCAGCGAGAUCCAUCUUCCCUGCCAUCAUCGCCAAAAUUCGUUCGUGGACCCGCCAGGCGAGAUGAUAGCCACCUCUGUCUCGCCUCAGAGGGGCCAGGGGAGCCAGCCGCGAUCCAGUCACAGUCACGUUCCUUCACACGGCGGCUGCAGCGCCUCUCGGACUGGAGACUUCGCGCCCAUCACCUUGCCUCCUUACAUCAAGCCACUUCCAGGCAAUAUCGGGCCAAGAGACCUGGAGUACCUUGCCGGAAAAGACGCGAUGACCAUCCCCGACGACGGCCUCCGCGACGAGCUGCUACGCACCUAUGUCAAGGUCAUCCACUGCUUUAUGCCUGCGAUCAACCUGGACGAGUUCCUCGAUCCAAUCAUCACCCAAGACGCAAGCCGCCCAGUCAGCCUGCUUCUCUUCCAGGCAGUCAUGUUUGCCGGCGUCGUAUUUCUCGACAGCAACCUGUUGCGGUCGCGAGGUUACUCGAGCAGAAAGUCAGCAAGGAAGAUCUUCUUCAAUCGGGUCCGCCUCCUCUAUGGAUUGGACUGCGAGCCGGAUCGUAUGGCUCUGAUCCAGUCCUUGCUGCUUAUGACCUAUUGGUACGACUCUCCAGACGACGAGAAGGACACCUGGUAUUGGAUGGGCAACACCCUCUCUCUGUCUCAGAUCAUGGGACUGCACAGGGACCCAAGGACCUUGAAUAUAAGUGUGCGGGCCAAGAAGCUGAGACGCAGGAUCUGGUGGUCCUGUUUCAUCCGCGACCGGCAGCUGGCUCUGGCCAUCCGGCGCCCUGCCAGGAUCCGAGAAGAGGACUUCAACGUCACCAUGCUGGAGCUAAAUGACUUUGAUCUCUGUCAGCCUAGUAAGGAGCAGAUUGAUUUUGUCCGGACAUGCGGCUUCACAACUGUAGAGGAAGAUGGACGAAAGAGGAUGUGUCAGAUCUGCAUUGAUCUGGCUAAACUGUGUGUCUGCAUCGGGCAUAUUCUCCACACACAGUACUCGGUCGUCCCGCUCAACUCGGAGAGCUACAAGAACAUCGUAGUCGUGCCUAGAUUCUCCGACAAGCAGCUCUCCGAUAUCAACAAAUGCGAUCAAGAACUCCAAGACUGGUGCUGCAACCAGGAGACCACCUCCGUAUACGCUCCGCCGUCGCCACCUGCAUCUACAUUCGGAUCCGGGACCGGCGAAGACUGCGCCGAUUGGGCAAACACCAUCACCCGGCUCCACCAGGCUUUGCUGCGCAUGGUUUAUCUCAGUGCCCUUGGGGCGCUACAUCGGCCACACGCCUUCAUGGGCUCCUCCUCGCAGCCCGACUCUACCGAAGCAACUGACGGGAGUAAGAAAUCCCUCCGAAAGGUCAAGGAAGCCGCCGUGGAAAUGACCAAGCUGGCCUUUGAACUGCAGUGCGAAAACCAGCUACGCUACCUGCCAACGAGCAGCAUCCCGGCAUUCUUGUCCGCGACCAUGAUCCACAUGCUAUACAUCCGUGAUCCGGACGAAGAGGUCCGGAACCUCAGCCUGGGCCGGUUCCACCAGUGCUUCCACGCCUUGGGUGAGCUGCAGGGCAUGUACACUGCUGUGGACUACGCCCUAAGCUUCUUGGAAUCGGUACUGAAGAGGAUGGGCACGAACGUCGCCAUGCUGCCCAUAUGGAGGGCACGUAAGCACGCGAGAGCCACCACUCACUCGGACGAUCCCCCCGUAGCAUUGCCCCACCCUCCGCGCGGCUCUUUCAGCAACGCAUCUUUCCAAGUCUACAAUGCGUCCGCUAUCGAUCCUCGGCUCAAAACGCCACCCAUCACUGCGAAUGACCGUCUCGCCGAGCCGGUUCCAAAUGCGAUGCUGCAGCAGGCAGGCGUUAGGCAGGUGCAUACCAACACCGAGGCUUUUCUCGAACUCGUCCACCCAAUCAACCCUGGCAUGAUGCUUGGCGAGGGCGUUCCAGAGAAUCACGAGCUGCUCCCGGAGCCUCCUGUCCGAGCCAGUCCCGGGUCGGCUGCCGUCACGAACCAUGCGUCUCGGGGCCUCGGACCGAUGCCGCAUGACUUGGCAGGCGGGCCCCAUCUCAUGGACACCCCGUCCAUGAAUAGUUGGAAUGAGUUCGACGCCCUGCUCCCCGCCCUCAUCAACUUUGAUGCAACGGACCUAGGCAGUAUGGAGUCGAACCAAAGUACGGCAUUAUCCGCGGGAACGCCGUGGCAGCCAUUCUUUUGA